AUGACGACGCUGGCAUCCGAAUUCCGUGACUCGAACCCUGUGACUCGUGACGCACCUCUCCUGCAGCGGAGCAUAUCGGCGUCGACGGCCGUCCACUGUUCGUCCUCGCCACACUCGACGCUGACCGAGUUGUUCAGGUCGCCGAAGAAGAAGUCUGGGGGACACGACAGCUCGAACUGGAGGCCACGGCAAGUGUCGGUCGGUCAGGGGAACGGCAGUGAUGGUAAAGGGGCACAUUUAGAUGCAGAUUCUUUACCUGUGUCCCGACCACCGAGCUCACUCCGUCCCAGCUGGAGUUUCCCGGCAGGCCCGCUGACGGCGGAGUCCCAAGGCACACUGGGGGCGGAAGCAGCGUCAGAGGAGGAGUGCAAGGUUCGAGCCAAACUGAGGAGGAACCGCGCGCCUCGCCUAGUCCAGGGUCCUGUCAGGCUUACCGAGCAGUUGUCGGCGCACUGGAGGAAGUUCAAGUCGGGAGUCGUAACGUCCGGAGAACUGAAAAAAAUAAUUUAAACUGUAACGUCUGUAGAAAGACGGAAUGAAC